AAGCAGGCGAACCUCUCCCGACUCCUCUCUCUCUCUCUCUCUCUCUCUCGUGUGUAGCAUGGGGGUUUUAGUCGCAGCUUCAGCUUGUUCUUCUCUUGCUAACAUCCAAUUCUCCGUGCUUCCCUCUUUCAAAUUGCAUCCUUUUCUUUUCUCUUCUUCUCUCAGGCCGAAACAUCCUCACAAUCGCCAAUUGUCACUGCCAGCUCGAUUUCAGGUACGUGCUGCCGCUGCAACUCUUGAAGCCGGCAAUGGCGCCGUCGCUGUUGCCGCCGAGAAUCCAGCCGCUACUUCCUAUGGAAGACAAUACUUCCCUUUAGCUGCUGUCGUCGGUCAGGAUGCUAUUAAAACUGCUCUUUUGCUUGGGGCAAUUGACCGUGAGAUUGGAGGGAUUGCUAUCUCUGGUAAGCGAGGAACAGCGAAGACAGUAAUGGCACGUGGAUUGCAUGCAAUUUUGCCACCAAUUGAAGUAGUUGUUAGUUCAAUAGCAAAUGCUGAUCCAGCCUGCCCAGAAGAGUGGGAAGAUGGACUACGUGAAAGGGUUGAGCAUGAUUCUGCUGGAAAUGUUAAGACACAGAUUGUCAGAUCUCCUUUUGUCCAGAUUCCUCUUGGAGUCACUGAAGAUAGACUCAUUGGAUCAGUUGAUGUUGAAGAGUCAGUAAAAACUGGAACAACAGUAUUUCAACCAGGCCUUCUUGCUGAAGCUCAUAGAGGGAUUCUGUAUACUGAUGACAUUAAUCUUUUAGAUGAGGGUAUUAGCAAUUUGCUUCUUAAUGUGCUGACUGAGGGGGUUAAUACUGUGGAAAGAGAGGGAAUCAGUUUUAGGCACCCAUGCAAGCCACUGUUAAUUGCUACUUAUAACCCGGAAGAGGGUGCUGUACGUGAGCACUUACUAGAUCGUGUUGCAAUCAAUUUGAGCGCAGAUCUUCCAAUGAGUUUUGAAGAUCGUGUUGCAGCUGUUGGAGUUGCAACGCAGUUUCAGGAACAUAGUAAUGAAGUUUUCAAAAUGGUUGAGGAAGAAACAGAUUACGCAAAGACUCAGAUCAUUUUGGCAAGGGAGUAUUUGAAGGAUGUCAACAUCGGCAAAGAGCAAUUAAAGUACCUAGUUAUGGAAGCCCUACGAGGUGGUUGCCAGGGGCAUAGAGCUGAACUUUUUGCUGCCCGUGUUGCAAAAUGCUUAGCCGCUCUAGAGGGACGUGAAAAAGUUAAUGUGGAUGACCUGAAAAAAGCUGUGGAACUGGUUAUUCUUCCUCGUUCAAUUGUUAAUGAGAACCCUCCAGAUCAGCAAAACCAACAGCCUCCACCCCCUCCACCUCCACAAAAUAAAGAUUUGACCGAGGAGCAAACUGAGGAGGAAGAUCAAGAGGAUGACAAAAAUGAGGAGAAUGAACAGCAGCAAGAGCAAAUACCUGAAGAGUUUGUCUUUGAUGCUGAAGGGGGAUUAGUGGAUGAGAAGCUUCUUUUCUUUGCACAACAAGCACAAAGACGGAGAGGAAAGGCUGGGCGAGCAAAGAAUGUCAUAUUUUCAGAGGAUAGAGGCCGUUACAUUAAGCCAAUGCUUCCAAAGGGUCCUGUGAAGAGAUUAGCUGUUGAUGCUACCCUUAGAGCUGCUGCACCCUACCAAAAGCUGCGAAGGGAGAAGGAUGCUCAAAAGGGCAGGAAAGUUUUUAUAGAGAAAACAGACAUGAGAGCAAAAAGAAUGGCUCGAAAAGCGGGAGCAUUGGUAAUAUUUGUGGUUGAUGCUAGUGGGAGCAUGGCAUUGAACCGAAUGCAGAAUGCAAAAGGUGCUGCGCUCAAAUUACUGGCAGAGAGCUAUACAAGCAGAGAUCAGGUUUCUAUCAUUCCUUUUCGCGGCGACUCUGCAGAAGUUCUCCUGCCUCCUUCCCGAUCAAUUGCAAUGGCAAGAAAGCGUCUUGAGAGACUCCCAUGUGGUGGUGGUUCUCCUUUAGCACAUGGGCUGACCACGGCUGUCAGGGUUGGACUAAAUGCAGAGAAGAGUGGCGAUGUUGGCCGUGUAAUGAUUGUUGCAAUAACUGAUGGCAGAGCCAACAUAUCGCUGAAGAGAUCCACUGACCCAGAAGGAGCUGCUUCAAAUGCCCCAAGACCUUCUGCUGAAGAGUUAAAGAAUGAGAUUCUCGAAGUGGCUGGGAAGAUCUACAAAGCAGGGAUGUCUUUGCUUGUCAUUGACACAGAAAACAAAUUUGUUUCAACUGGUUUUGCCAAGGAAAUUGCAAGAGUAGCUCAAGGAAAAUAUUAUUACUUGCCGAACGCUUCAGAUGCAAUUAUCUCGGCUACGACAAAGGAGGCUCUGACAUCCUUAAAAAAUUCAUGAUUUUAAGUUUUAAAUGGCAGUCAUUUGCAAGUUUUCUUCCAUCUAUACAAAAAUCUGGAGGCAACAAAAGUUCCCUAUAUGGCCAAUUGUUUCCAGUGGUGGCGUUUUCCACAGAAAUGUCUACUUCUUUCUUAAAAUUUUGGGUUUCAUUUUGAGAAAUCUUGUGUAUGCCUUGUUGGGUUUUUUUUUUUGGAAAUAUAAUUUUAAUUUAAUUUUUUUUUUAUUUU